CUUCUGUCAUAUCUCAAGAGUAUCAGAAGGCUUGGAAGCCACAGAGGAAGAUGAAUGUAUUAUGUCUGUGAGCUAUACAAUAUGUACAAAGUACAUUUUUCUUACUAGUAACAGGUUAGGACUUCUUGCUGCCAUUCCUGCUUUGAUGGUGAUGCAGUUCUAAAAGAAAUCCCAAGAAAAAUCCAGCAAAAAUGGGUGAGGUAAAUAAAGAUGCCGUUGAAAAAUACUUGGAGAACAAUCCUCAGUUUGCCAAGGAGUAUUUCGACCGGAAAAUGAGACCUGAAGUGGUGGGAAGUAUCUUUAACGUGAACCCUGGAGAUGUGAAGGAAGGAGUCAGCUUCAAAGACAUGUCCCGUCUGGAGGAGUGUAACAUAAUUUUUGAGUUGGUAACAGAAAUUCAGGAUGAGGCAUGCGUUAUGGAAAAGAUGGUGCACAAGGCCCUGCAGAGGCUGGCACAGCUGCUGGCAGCUGAUCGGUGUAGUCUGUUCAUGUGUCGCUCCCGAAAUGGUACUCCAGAGGUAGCCUCCAGGAUUCUUGAUAUCACUCCAACUUCCAACUAUGAGGAGAAUUUGGUGAAACCAGAAAAUGAGACUGUUUUUCCUCUGGACAUCGGGAUAGUGGGAUGGGUUGCUCAUACCAAGAAGUUUUUUAAUAUACCUGAUGUGACGAAGAACAACCAUUUUUCUGACUUCAUGGACAAAAAAACUGGUUAUAAAACAGUCAAUAUGUUGGCAACUGCAAUUACACAGGGUAAAGAGGUGCUUGCUGUUGUGAUGGCACUCAACAAAUUAAAUGCCCCUGAGUUCUCAAAAGAGGACGAAGAGGUAUUUAAGAAAUACCUCAACUUUAUAUCUUUGAUGAUAAGAAAUAAUCAUACGUCGUAUCUCCACAAUAUCGAAUCACGAAAAAGCCAGAUGCUUUUGUGGUCUGCCAACAAAGUAUUUGAAGAGCUAACAGAUAUAGAACGACAGUUUCAUAAAGCACUGUAUACUAUUCGAAUGUAUUUGAAUUGUGAAAGAUACUCUGUUGGUCUGCUGGACAUGACUAAAGAGAAGGAGUUCUAUGAUGAGUGGCCAAUCCGGCUGGGGGAAGCAGAGCCUUACAAAGGCCCCAAGACACCUGAUGGACGAGAAGUCAACUUCUAUAAGAUUAUUGACUAUCUGUUACAUGGACAAGAAGAAAUCAAAGUCAUUCCGUCACCUCCAGCAGAUCACUGGUGUCUUGUCAGUGGAUUGCCAACAUAUGUGGCUGAAAAUGGUCUUAUUUGUAACAUGAUGAAUGCACCAGCAGAUGAAUACUUCACAUUUCAGAAAGGACCAGUGGACGAAUCUGGAUGGGUUAUCAAAAACGUCUUGUCAUUGCCUAUUGUCAACAAAAAAGAAGAAAUUGUGGGAGUUGCAACGUUUUACAACAGGAAAGAUGGAAAACCUUUUGACGAAUACGAUGAACAGAUCACUGAAACUCUCACACAGUUCCUGGGGUGGUCUGUUUUAAAUACUGACACUUAUGACAAAAUGAACAAACUUGAAAACAGGAAAGACAUUGCUCAGGAAAUGCUUAUGUACCAGACAAAGGCCACCCCUGCUGAAGUUGAAUCUAUCCUGAAAUACAAGGAGAAAUUGAAUGCAAAAAGUUUAGAGGAGUGUGAUCAAAAGGAUCUCAUCAGGAUUUUGAAAGAAGAAUUACCUGAUCCAAAAGAUUUAGAACUGUACGAAUUCCGCUUCAGUGACUUCCCUGUUACAGAGCAUGGCCUGAUAACUUGUGGAAUACGACUGUUCUUUGAGAUAAAUGUUGUUGAAAAAUUCAAAGUCCCAGCUGAGGUCCUAACAAGAUGGAUGUACACAGUCAGGAAAGGUUAUCGGGAUAUCACUUACCAUAACUGGAGACAUGGAUUCAAUGUGGGACAAACAAUGUUUACUCUGCUGAUGACAGGAAAAAUAAAGAAAUACUAUACUGAUUUAGAAGCCUUUGCCAUGGUUGCUGCUGCUUUCUGCCAUGACAUUGAUCACAGAGGGACCAAUAACCUGUAUCAAAUGAAGUCAGCUGCUCCCCUGGCAAAACUUCAUGGCUCUUCCAUUUUGGAAAGGCAUCACUUAGAGUACAGUAAGACCCUGCUGCAAGAUGAGAGUUUAAACAUCUUCCAGAACCUAAAUAAACGCCAGUAUGAAACCGUUCUGCACUUAUUUGAAGUUGCAAUAAUAGCAACUGACUUGGCUUUGUAUUUCAAGAAAAGAACUAUGUUUCAAAAGAUUGUGGAUGCAAUUGAAAAAAUGGAAACAGAAGAGCAGGCAAUUAAGUAUAUCUCUAUUGACCCAACGAAAAAAGAAGUCAUCAUGGCUAUGAUGAUGACUGGAUGUGACCUGUCUGCAAUAACCAAGCCCUGGGAAGUGCAGAGUAAGGUUGCCCUCAUGGUCGCAAAUGAAUUCUGGGAGCAAGGCGACCUGGAACGAACUGUGCUACAGCAACAACCUAUUCCUAUGAUGGACAGAAACAAAGGAGAUGAACUACCUAAGCUCCAAGUUGGUUUCAUAGACUUUGUGUGUACAUUCGUGUACAAGGAAUUCUCGAGGUUUCACAAGGAAAUUACACCUAUGUUUGAUGGUCUUCAAAACAACAGGGUUGAAUGGAAAACACGAGCUGAUGAAUAUGAAGAGAAGAUGAAAGCUCUUGAGGAACAAAAGAAAAAGGAAGAAGAAGCAGCUGCCCAAAAAGGUGGAAAGGGUCGAAAAUGACCUAGUAACAUGGUGAUCCACAGCUUUCAAAUAAAGUGCUGCUGCAGGUGGUGGAGGUGGUGGUGAAGAAGGAAAAUCCAAAACAUGUGUAGUUUUGUAAUUCUUUGUCUCAGACACUGUUCCUGCUACAAGACAUCUAGAAAGAACUUCAAUGAGCCCCAGUGGAUUUCUGCUUUGCAUAGAAUAGUAUAGAUCAAUCUCUUAAUCCUCUUAAACACUUGCCAUUUAUUGGAAAUAAUUUUUAAUGGAUUAAAAAAAUGGUUACAAUUAAAAACUGGAAAAAAUAAUGGUGCAAAAUGACUUAACUGUGUGCUCUAGGUAUUUUUUCAUGUCACUAAUUUACAUACAGUACUUUUAUUAAAAUAUGUAACUUCUACACACUGUCCAGAAAAAAAUAAAUAUUUUUGACAGAUGUUAUAUGAAAUUACUAAAUGAAACUUAAGAUGUAAAAUUGAAACAAAAAAUUGCAAUAUUUGUAACUUUGAUAUUUAGAUUUUUAUAUUAUGUGUAUUUCCUUAAUCUGUAAUUCUGUCAUUUUCCUUCAUUCUCAGUACUAUAUAAAGUCCUAGAGUAAAAUAUUUCUUUCACUUCAGGAAUGCACAAUCCCAACUCCCUAGCUCUUAUCUAUAAAAAGCAGGCCCAUGGUACACUGAAUUUUUUCCAAAAUUACCAAUGACAAAUCUGUAUAUUAUAGUCAUUGUAGCCUUUUGAUCAUAUGCAAAUAGCUCUCCCACAGUUCCUAAACUGACCAGCUUUUAUUGUAAAAACCUAAAAUAGCAGACCACAAACGUCAUACUUUACACACAAGUAAAAGUUUACUAAGAUACACCAGCAUAUCUACAGCAGGAUCUGAAGGAUGCCCUUCAAGGGCAUUUUAAAAGGCUCACGUACUCCCAGUGCAUCUCUUUGAAAAUGCAAAAAAAUUAAAGUAUUUGAAAACCAAUUAAUUGGCAUCAAUUUAAUCUUCUAAGGGAGAGCAAAGCAGAAGUAAAGCACAUCAAAAUUCCCAUUACCUGUGUUUCUACGAGGUAGACAGAUUGCACACAAAUUAGCUCUUCAUGAACACCGAUCUUCCCCCCCAAGCCUUCAGAACAAGUCCACUCCAUACCUUCCACUCGGGAAGCCAGCUCCUCCUGCAGAGGGAGGAAGGCAAAUGGCCACUAUAUGUGACACAGACCUGAGCAUUCACUGGAACCAGUUUCAAAUUUAAGGAGAUGGAUGUCAAAUGCAACUCCUGCAAUAGAGAAAUUCAACAUUCAGACUCAGUCCUGCCACUUUUCCUGCUCCUUUGAACAAAGCAGACCCACGCUUUUUCGCUUUUUUUUUCCUCUGAAAGACCCUCCGUAUCCAUACGGAAGGAGAACGAGCAGUUUGCUCUUUAUAAACCUUUCUAAGAAUGCUCUAUGAACAGAGAUACUGUGUACAUUUAUCACUUGAAAUUAAAGGAAUCCACAAAAAAACCUCCAAACACUUACAACAUUCUGACUUGUAAAUGAACCAAAUAUUUUAUGCAAACAGUUAUGAGAUAAAACUGGGUAUCACGUCAGUUUCUGUAUUAAAUGCCGCUGCUAAAGAAAACCAUUUCAAGGUUGUCUGAUAAUGUAAUUUUAUUUAAACUGUAUUAAAUUAUGUAUUUAUUAUGUAUAGUGUAACUUUUUAUAACUGUAUGUUAAAGACCCAAAGAGAAGCUAGUUAUUCAGAACAUAUAAUUAAUAUACAAUACUUGAAGCAACAAAUAUAGCAACGCAGUCAACAAAAGCCCCUUGGGGCAAGUUGCACACGUUUAAGCAGAUUGCUGCAGAUUGGAUUUGACUCUCAGCCAAGCUUGCAAGAUGACAGAGAAUUAACCUUUAAAUCCCCCUUCUUACCUAAAGAAGCCUUCAUGCAAGGAUACGUUUAUUUCUUACUCAAGGACACCCUAAAUAUGUCCUUGUACAUCUAUUAUGUAAGUACAAAAUGUUUAAAAUGAAAUUAUAGUAAGUAAUACUUGUAAAUAGAGUUCUCAACUUAUUCAUAUGAGUGCAUGUGAAAUGUUCAUAAAUAAACUACAACCAUCUCUGUUGUUAGUGUCCACAUCUAAUACUUACUAGAAAUACUUUCUAUACCUACAGUGAGAAGUACUUAUCAAAAAUAUAUUUUAUACAACAUUAACUUCCUCAGAUUUACAUGAAAACUUAAUUUAAAAAAGUCUGACCCUCGUCUCCAAAGUAAUUUUCACCAGACAGAAAAAAUUUUGGCAUAGUACCUUUUCAUUGCAGUCUGUUUCUUUGGAAACAUGACUGAAUGUUUAAGGAUGUGUUGCAACUCAAAAGAAGAAGAUGAAUCCAGUAUGUUUCUCAAGCAAUAUACAUGCUUUAUUUGUAUAUUGAGGAUUACACGUGAAAGAAGGAUUAACAUUCAAUCAAUGGGAAGGAGAUCAGAAGCCACAGAUAACAAAAGUCAGCACAUCUCCGGUAGAAAGCCAGAUAUUAUUUCUUACACCAAAAAUUUCACCAACCAAACAUAUUUUAAUAGGUGGAAUUGUAAGACACAUCACUUUACAACUAAAAUUUGAAAGAAAAUCACAAUAAACUGAACUUUUUUAAGGAGUAGGAGAGAUUUCAGAAAUGGUUUACUUAAUUUAAGUAGAACACAUAUUUGACAAAAUCUGAGCUUCUCCAGUAACAUUUGAAAAUAUUUACAGAGAUUAAUACCCAAAUAUUAAAGUCUAAGUAACCAAUACAUUUAAGGCUACUAAUUAUUUUUUAAUAAAUUAAAAAUAUAAAUAUAUUAAAGUGUAUGGCUUUAAACUACUCACACAGUCUUACAAAAUGCUCCUUUAUAAAAAUCUGGCAAUAACUGAAGUUUGGGAUCAAAUAAAAGCAGUGAACUUCCUUGUUGUAAUGUUAAUAAACUAUAUUCUUGUUUGUUUAAGUUUGGGUGCCAUAUAUAUUUUGCACUGAACUGAAAAAUUAUUUCUCUUGUUUCAAGAGUAUGCAGCCUACCACAAGAAACAAAGUUUUUAGAUUUGAAGCCUUCUACAAAGAAAAUCCACCCAAACGGUCCAUAUGAGUGACUGUAGAAAAGGGGUC